CGCGCUCAGCGGUCUCCCGCAAGUAGGUUAUUCAACCCUAUCGGUUCAGAAGGAAAAAGAUAAAUUGCAUCAGUGUCGGCAGCUUGUACCCCCAUAGAGUGGAUUUACAUGCCACAGAAAAGCAAUAGAGUCACCAAGGGCCAACAGACAGAGACAGAAUAGUUCUGUAGUUGUUUUUGUUGACACUGGUUGAUAUUAUUCAAGAGGGAGAGCUGGACGAGAAAGGAGAAAAGAGAAUGGAGUGAACGAACGGAUUGUCUACUAUGGGAUCUUACAGGACGAGAACACAUCACCAACAACUCAUGCUCCUCUUCAUAAUUUAUCCAAACAUAUGGAGAAUGGCAAAAGCAAUCCAUCCAGACUGUGCCAUCAUUUCCCAGCACCUGAAGGCUCAGGAGCUCUGCAUCCAGACCAGGAGGAAUGAAGCUCACAAUCAUACAGGCCACACUGGCUGUGGGACAGAGUGGGAUGAGAUCCGAUGCUGGCUCAGAGCGGAUGUCGGUCAGGUGAUCAACGUUUCCUGUUCUGAGGUUUUCCAGCAUUUAUCCAGCAAUCAGGGCUACAUGUACAGGAACUGUACAGAGCAAGGUUGGACUGAGCUGUUACCUCCCUACGACGAGGCCUGUGUCUUUAACGAGGACGAUGAGUCAGGAUUGGAGACAAGCUACUUCUCCACGUUCAGGCAGGUGUACACAGUGGGGUAUGCCACCUCUCUCAUCUCCCUCAUCACAGCCAUCGUGGUGUUCAUUGCCUUCAGGAAGUUCCACUGCACCAGGAACUACAUCCACAUCAACCUGUUUACCUCCUUCAUCCUGAGAGCAAGUGCGGUCUUCGUCAAAGACACAAUUUUCUUUGCCGACGAGACACUGGAUCACUGCUUCAUGUCGACAGUGUUGUGCAAGUCCGUGGUGGCCUUCUUCCAGUUCAGCAUCAUGGCUAAUUACUUCUGGCUGUUAGUGGAGGGCAUGUACCUGCAGACACUGUUGGCUCUCACCUUCGUCUCGCAGAGGAAGUACUUUUGGUGGUACAUUCUGAUUGGAUGGGGGCUCCCGUCAACAGUACUGAUAGUGUGGGUUCUGACCAGAUACUUUUUCGAUGACAGUGGUUGCUGGGACGACACUGACAACGUUGGCAUUUGGUGGAUAAUUAAAGGGCCAAUCACGGCCUCGUUAAUUGUCAACAUUGUCAUCUUUAUCAAUGUGAUUCGCAUCCUGGUUCAGAAGCUCAAGUCCCCAUCAAUGGGGGGCAGUGACAUAGGCCACUUAAUGAAGCUGGCCAAGUCCACCCUGUUCCUCAUCCCUCUGUUUGGGAUGCACUACACAGUGUUCGCCUUCCUGCCUGAGACCACUGGCCAGGCUGCUAGACUGUACAUUGAGCUGGGCCUGGGAUCAUUUCAGGGUUUUGUUGUGGCCCUGCUUUACUGCUUCAUGAAUGGAGAAGUCCAAACAGAGCUGAGGAGGAGGUUGUGGCGAUGUCACACUCAGGGUCACCUCAGUACCGCCAAGCGCCGCGUCACCGUAACGCAGAUCACUGUGUUGGACCGCACCGGCCCUCCAGGACCCCUCCCUCCGUCCAGCGUCUCCUCCGUGUGAACGUCGACGACAGAUACAGAACAGCCAAGGGGGGUGGGGGGGGGGGGCCGUGUCUUGGCGUGACGUCGUGUAAACCUUAUGCGAAUGUUGCAA